GAGUUCACUGUCACAUUGACCAGGGAAGGAUUUGAGGCCCUGGGUGUGUGUAGCUACCUGUUUUUCUAGUCCGGAUUGAAAACCAAAAAGUUUCAUGCCUUUGGAAUUUGAUUAUUGAAGUGGUCUUUGAUUCAGAAUCCACUAUUAAGAACGCUUUUCCUGUCAUCAAGAAUCUGUGAGUAUGAACUUAUUGAGAUUGAGAGAGCUGUUUCUGAACCAAAUAGAAGAAAGCAAGAUAUCAUCAUAAGAAAAACUAGAGGGUAAAACUGACUACAUCACAUCCAGAAAAGAGAGGGCACAAAAAUGACUGACAAUGGAUAUGGAAAUCCUCAAGAAGAAUGUCAAAUGAAAGAGAAUCUGGAAAAAGACCCAACAGUAACUCCUCAGGCUCAGGAGGCCAUCACAGUAUCAAGUGCCAUUGAAGAAACCCCUGCUGGAUAUCCUGUUUCUGGACUUAAGGAUGCCCUUAUGGAUGUAGAAACAAUAGGGUCGCAAAGCCUGGAUACAGAAAAUAAAUCUGCAAGUGCUGGUGAAACAGAUGAAGGGAACUCUCCAGAGAUGGAACCAGAGCAGGGGGAAAGACAGGAUGAUCUCAGUGGUAAACAAGAGUAUCCUCACAAUUCAGAAGGCUCAUGUGAAAGGCCCUUGGAUCAAAACACUAACGGUUCUUUAAAUGAAAAGGAAAGUCCAGCCCUUCCCCAGGAGAACAGCUCUGUAGUUCUCAGAGAAGAUAAUGAAGAAUCCAGUACUCCACAGGACACUGUGGAAACCCAGAGCUCAGUUCCUGCUAAAGAAGUACCAGAGAAUGAUGUUAUGGUGAGGAAACGAAUUGGAGUAAAAGAGGUUAAAAGUCAGCAGCAAGAACCAGGGGAAACACACACACCUGAAGAAAGCAAAGAGAGGACCCAGGAUGUGGGAAAGAACCUUGAAAAGGAUCUGUGGAGCAAAUUAGCUGUUUAUUACAAAAUUACAAAAAGUAACUCAAAAUAUACAUUUGUAGGCCCUGUACUUGCUCUUUUGGCUAUAUUCCUUUCUGUGGUAGCCAUCAUUUCCUGGAGCGGUGGCUUCUCAUCCCAGGCCCAGCAUGUGCCCAAAAACCCUGCUUUGGAAGCCUUUUUGGAUCAGUUCAGCCAACUGAAGGACAGAUUUCCAGGCCAGAGCUCUUACCUCUGGCAGCGGGGGCGCAAGUUCCUCCAGAAGCACCUGAAUGCUUCUAGCCCUACAGAGCCAGCCACUGUCAUCUUUACAGCUGCUCAGGAGGGGAAAGAGACCUUGAAGUGCCUGAGCCACCACAUUGCUGAUGCCUACACAUCCUCCCAGAAUGUCACAGCCAUCAGGAUCGACGGUGCUCAGCGGACCUCCGAGGACAGUGACACUGUCAAGCUGUUGGUAGAUAUUGAGCUGACCACUGGGUUUGAGGUUGGACGAAAAGCAGCUGUGGUCCAUCGCUUUGAGUCCCUUCCUGCAGGCUCCACUUUGAUCUUCUACAAGUAUUGUGACCAUGAGAAUGCAGCCUACAAGGAUGUUGCCCUGGUGCUGACGGUUCUACUAGAAGAGGAGACACUAGAUACAAGUGUGGGUCCAAGGGAAACUGAAGAAAAAGUGAGGGAUUUGCUUUGGGCUAGAUUCACUAAUUCGGACACCCCCAGCUCCUUCAAUCAUAUGGAUUCAGACAAAUUGAGUGGCCUAUGGAGUCGCAUCUCUCACCUGGUGCUGCCAGUCCAACCAGUCAAGAAGAUAGAAGAAAAGGGUUGUUUUCUAUAAAGCUAAGCACAGAAUUCUAUCAAGUAUAGGCCUACACUAAGGACAACAUUGGUAUGAUUGGUCUUUGAAAACUUUUGAGAGAACCACUCUGCAAAGCAGCAUAUUAAUUUUAGGACAAAUUUGCUCUUUUAAAAUCUGUUUACUUCUUGUUAAAGCUUCCUAAAUGAAAACUGAUGAAACCAAUCAGGUCUGAAAUGCAGCACGAUAGUUUUUUCAACUGAGAGUGCUUUUUAAAUAUGAAAAGAUAACAUCACAGGUCACUGCAUUGGGAGAAUAUUCUUACUUCCAAGUGUUAACUACAGGGUCUUCAUUACUGUCCCAAGGGAGAGCAUGAGAAGGUACCUUCUCACCAGAGUUGAUGUUCUCAUUUAGAGGACUCUAGCCAAACAGACUGCAAAGUCUUGUUGAAGUAGACAGCACCGGGUGGCUAAGCUUGACAAACCAAGGGCCAGGCUUCCAGAGAGUUGAGUUGUUGUGCCCAGAACUCUGACUUAGCACUAUCUGGGGAGCUGUUUGUGAUGUGUGUGACCUCGUGAUGGGGCUAAUGUUUCUCUUUUUUGGGGGGCCACCUCAUUUCUGUGUGUUCGUAGAGGCACCUAAGACAGCAUAGAGAAUGGUAGUUAAAUGGAUCAAAGGGGUGGGAAGAUCUGGAGUUUGUUGAGAAAAGAAGAUCCUGGAGUAAACUGAGAUGUAUUGUUGAUACUUAAAAAGAGAACAUAAGGAUUUAAGGAAGUGUUUUUGGAAAUAAGCAUAAUGGGAAAAUACAUACACUUUUAAAUCAAGUCUCUUUUUUGCAGUUAGGCUCACUUUGGCAGGAGGUAGCUAGGCUUGAGUAGUUUAUGUUUGUAAUUUUUUGACUUCACGGUGGAAUCUCAUACUAAUGAGGGAAGGUAUGAACAGAAGCUUAAAGCGUUAGUGGCAAUUAAUAUCCUCGUAGAUGUAACAUAAAAGCAUAAAGAAAAAGAGGCAGAAAACAUGAUCUGGUAUGUUUUGGUUCUCCCAGUAUUUACCUAUCAUAGAUGGCCUCAAUAUAAGUUAAACCAAUGGUGCCUUGAAGAACUAUUACAUUGGUCCUCAGAUAUGAACUACCUCAGGUCUUAUCUAAGGGGAGAACUAGGCUGGAGCACACAUUUCUGUUAGGUCAGCAUUUGAAGCUGGGAUUAGUUCUUUUUUACUUUAUUCAGUUCAACAUUAUUUUUCAUCAUGUCCACUUCAGGAUGUGACCUAGAAUUCUUGGGGAUUUAUUCAUUGCUUUUGCUAAAACACACGCUUUUCCUCUCAUUCUCUCGAGAUGUUUGUCAAGUUUAAGUAUUCAGUUUUAAAGACCAUUUUAAUAAUAGCACUAUAUUAAGAGACCUUGUAUCUUCUUAUAUGAGUAAUAUAUUUUUUAAAGCUCAAAACCACAUUUUUUAAAAACAAAAACUGACCAAAGCCUGUAAUCUAUCAUAAUCUCUUAAAUUAUUCUCAACAGAUUCUUUUAAAUGCUAUUCAGAUUUUUAAAUGACUUGUUCAUGCUACUUCCUGUUUCAUAAAUACUUAUAAUAUGUUACUUGCUUGACUUACAGCAUUGUUUCUUGGACAUAUGACAUAGUACAUAAUAUAUGACCUACAGCUUUAAAUUUUUUCAUGUAUACAUCUGAAAUAUUUCCAGGUAACAGUGAAUUUAAAAAACAAACAUAUACCCAUAAAUCAAGCCUUUUAUAUUAAUGUUGCAAGAGAAACCAGGAUUCACAAAUCUUGUCUGUCAAUUAAGACUCUUCCUUUAUCCUGAACUUCAAUUGUACAUCUAGUGACUAUUAGUACACUUGCUAGUAAACUUGCAAAAAAAAAAAAAAGAGGCUGCUGCUAUCAGAUUCAUCUAGGAGAAGUUCCUGAUAUCCUUGAGCUAGCAUCACUCGGAUGACUUUGCAAGUGUGCCUUUUCUCUGGUUUAUACGAAGUUCUAGAUCUCAGGUUGUAACAUAUUUGAUGAUGAGGACUCAAAUUCCCCAAGCCCUUUUGAAGACCACUUCAUUAAACUCAUUUCCACUUAUACUGACCUUUACCUCUGACCCUGUAUAAUGGCAUUUCUCAAACCUUUUUAUUUUUUUUCCAAAAUAAAGAACACAGUGUCAGUAAGCCAAUAUGAGAACAUGAAAGCAAAACCAAUUAUGUUCUAAAAUCCCUUUGUAUUCGAAGGAUAAUUUGCAGAUAAUUAACAAAGAACUUCAUAACAUGUAUUUAUCCCUUCCCUUCCCAAAUUGACCCCUUUCUUCCCAAAUCAUUUCUAGUGUGUUUUUCAGCUUGUAUUUAUUUUAUGGAAAAACCCAUAGAUUGGUUACUGUAACCCAAGAAACAUCCUUAUACUCUUUCUCUUAUUGAAAGAGCCAAUUUUGUCCUCUCCAAAGAUGAUUUUUCUGAUUAAAAAGAGCACCUAAGUGCUCUGAAGCAAUACGUUAAGAAGCACUGCCAUUGAAAAAAGACGGGAUGUUUACCCUCAAACCAAAUACAUUCAAUGAUGUAAACUAAAAGAGUGGUGUCCGUGUUAAUAUCAAAAUUCCCAAUAGCGCCUGAGUCCUUUCAUCGUUUCACCAUUAGAGUGGCUGCUUUUGCAUUUGUCUCUCUUGGAUGAUAAAGAAUGUGCCUUACUCAAUAUAGUUUGUCAUAACCAAAAAUAAAGCCCAGUUAUUUAUUCUAAUUGA